CCCCGUUCAGAUUUGGAAACAGAGAAAGAGAUGCAAUUCUUCGGCGGAACGGAGAUAAGCCCGUCGCUGCCGGCGGCGACGGCGUCGGGAAACAACGGCCACAUGAUGUACGUGUUCAACCGUAACGGCGUCUGCUUACUCUACCGGGAAUGGAACCGUCCUCUUCACACUCUCAACGCUCAACAAGAUCACAAGCUCAUGUUCGGCUUGCUCUUCUCCCUCAAAUCCCUAACCGCCAAGAUGGACCCCACCGCUGUGGAGAAAGGGAAUCUAGGAGUGCCUCAAUUGACCGGUCAAGGCUGCUCGUUUCAUAGCUUUCAGACCAAUACUUACAAGCUUAGCUUCAUGGAGAGCCCCUCUGGUAUUAAGAUUAUAUUGAUUACUCACCCUAGGACUGGCGAUUUACGGGAGUCUUUGAAGUACAUUUACAACUUGUAUGUUGAGUACGUUGUGAAGAACCCGCUCUAUACUCCUGGAACACCUAUCGGGUGUGAGCAAUUUAAUACAGCUCUUGACCAAUAUGUAAGGAGCAUUUCCUAGAAGCUUGAGGAGGUAAAUUUGAUCACCAAUGUAUGAGUAUAUAGUUGCAUGCAGUUUGCGAUUUUUUUUUAAUUUUAAAUGAGGACGGGAAAGAACAUGUCAAAGUAUAAUCUGUAUGUAACUGCUUCUUGUUGGAGGAUGAAUUCUGUUCAGCUUCAUUUUGGCAACAUCAGCCUCACUCCAGCAUGAUGCAGAUGCACAUGUUCCAGAUCCAAUUUAUUUUAAUUACCUACGUGCUGUGGUUUCCUAGCAUUAUUUUUCAUAUUUUACAAUGAUAAACUCUCUAAACUUGUCACCCUUAGGUGCUUAAUGGCAUCAUGUAAUAUCAUAGUUUAUGAUUAAUUGAAUUCUCUAGAGAAUAAUUUUGAUUUUUUUUAUCAAAAUAAUUUUGAAUUUGAGAACACUUACAAACGAAUGAAUACUAUUACU